AAUCGCUACAUGGUCUAAAUUGCUCUUGAGAAGCUACGUCGUAUCGGAGAGAAUAUUCGUUCUUUAGUAACAUAAUACAUCGAAACUCUAACCCACAGUGUGCCUUUCACAAUACCUUUAAAAGUACAACUGGGAAAUUAAACCAGCAUCGAAGCUAUCGAAGACAGUGACUAAAUCCGUUAAAGAACACAUACUUUUCUCAAACCUAGCAUCAUCGCGAUUAUAAUCCGCAAAGCAAAACAAUCGAUUGGGUAGAUGAACUUCUCACUGAAGUAAACAAUUCCACCCGUCUUCAAUACAAUUCGUUCAUACACCUAAUGUAAAUAGGGGCAGAGGUGGAAAACAUUAUAGAAGAACUCGUAACACAGAGCAUCGUGCAGAAGGAGCCGGAGAAAACCCAAACUUCAUUCGAACGAAGCAGCAUCACACGCUACACGGCUAACAGUGAAAAAAGUGUAAUCUAGCGAAAAGCGAUAGAAGCAACAUAAAAGUUGCUGGCAUUUUGUACCGAAGCAAAUCCAGUAUCUCCAUCAUAAUCAAUUCGCUCAUCGCAAACGCUCGGCAAACAACAGUGAAAGAACAAUGCUGAAGUUUAUACGUGGAAAAGGCCAACAACCUUCGUCGGAACGGCAGAAGCUGCAGAAGGAACUGUUUGCAUUUCGUCGGACCGCCCAGCAUGGCUUCCCACACAAACCAUCCGCCUUGGCGUACGACCCGAAAAGCAAGCUGAUGGCCAUCGGUACUAAUAGUGGCGUCAUCAAAGUGUUUGGUCGUCCCGGUGUGGAGUUUUACGGUCAGCAUACAUCGCCUGGCAACAAUCCGGCCGACUUAAUCGUGCAAAUGCUCGAAUGGAUCCCAGGUACAGGACGACUGCUGUCGCUAACGGCUUCGAACCAAUUGGUUCUAUGGGAACCGGCUGGCACGUUGCUGGUUGCUAUCAAGAACCUGGCCUUUGACGGCAAGCUGAAGAAGAUUUCUUCGCUCUGCUGUUCGUACAUGAAGGACACUGUUUGGAUUGGCACCGAAGGUGGCAACGUGUACCAGUUCGACGUGCGCAGUUUCAGCGUUAAGGAAUCUGUCAUCUAUCACGAUGUGGUACUGGAACAAUUACCCACUUCCUACCGAUUGAAUCCGGGAGCGAUUGAAUCGGUAAAGCAGCUGCCCAACAAUCACAAUCUGCUACUGAUCGCUUACAACCGUGGCCUCGCCGUCCUGUGGGAUCUGGAGAGUGCGAGUGUAAAGCAAUCUUUCAUAUCGCCCGGGCACGGGCAAAGCGUGGGAUUGUUUAUCGCACAGGAUGCUACCCAGUUCACUUGGUAUCAUGCGGAUGGAUCGUACGCUACCUGGGACUUGGACAGUCCGAUACCACCGGAAAACCAGAAGUACGUCCCGUACGGUCCGGACCCUUGCAAAGCGAUCGAUCGCUUGAUUCGGGGACAUCGUGGACGGUGUGAGCUAGUUGUCUUUUCGGGCGGAAUGCCUCGGUCGGCGUACGGUGAGCAUCAGUGUGUGUCGGUGCACUGCAAAGACGGUACAAAGGUGGCUUUUGAUUUUACAUCCAAAGUAAUCGAUUUCUUUGUAACGUUCAACGAUGUCCGGCCGGAACAGGCGGAAGUGUUAGUGGUGUUGCUGGAAGAGGAACUGGUUGCGUAUGAUUUGACAGAUGAAACUUUACCACAAAUCAAUGCGCCCUAUUUGCAUUCUUUGCAUGCAUCUGCCGUCACCUGCAAUCAUCUGGUGUCGCAAGUGUCACCAGAUGUGUAUGCCAAGAUCCGGCUGGCUGGAGAGCUGCAGAUGGCCGAAUAUAGUUGCAAAAUUUGGCCCAUCACCGGAGGUAUUCUGCCGAAUGAACCAGCGGAUGAUGAAGAGCUGCCGAUGGAACGAGACGUACUGAUUACCGGCCAUGAGGAUGGAUCAGUGAAAUUUUGGGACUGUUCGGAUGUCUGCUUGACGCCGCUAUUGCACGUCAAAACCGCACCGCUGUUUAAUAAUAGCGACGAUUUCGAGAGCAACCUGAACGCAUCGACAGAACAGUUGGAUGAUGGCGAACCUCCAUUCCGUAAGGCUGGCCAGUUCGAUCCCUACUCGGAUGAUCCUCGCUUGGCAGUGAAAAAGGUGCAAUUGUGUCCGCAAACGGGAACGCUAGUUAUUGCUGGCACAGCUGGCAACGUAGUAAUGGCAAACUUUGACACACCGCCUCACGACCCAACUGAUGAAACGCAAACACAGGGACCGUUUAAAGUGACUACGAUGAAUUUAGUGAGCGAUCGGGAUGGAUUCGUCUGGAAGGGGCAUGACCAGCUGAAGGUGAAGCGCACACUGUUGGAAGAAAAUGCGUCUAUCAUCGAAGGGGUAAAUUUUAUGGGUGUUCUUCAGGUGCUACCACCAGCUGCCAUCACCUGCAUUGCUAUGCAGAGUAAAUGGUCACUGGUUGCCGCCGGAACAGCCCAUGGUCUCGUGCUGUUUGAUUUCAAUAAUCAGUCUCCCGUGCUGCACAAGUGUACUCUAAAUCCGAAUGAUCUCACCGGUGCCGGGGAAACACUUUCCCGUCGGAAGUCUUUUAAAAAGACAUUACGCGAAUCCUUCCGCCGUCUGCGCAAGGGUCGUUCGACAAGAAACAAUCCAAAUGCCGCCGGUGGUGGUGGUGGACAACAUCCGCAGUCGGCUGCAGAAACGCGUCCGGUAGAGCGUCAAAUCGAGGCUCGUCCAGUCGAUGACGGCAUGGGAUCGAUGGUGCGCUGUUUAACAUUUGCGCUAACGUUCAUUACCAAUCAGAAUGUGUACAUUCCGACACUUUGGGCUGGUACAAAUUCCAGCUGCGUGUCGGUAUUCGUGCUACAUCUUCCCCCGAAACAGCCUGCCACAACUGCAGCUUCAGCAGAAAAUGGAACUGACGAUACGGUACAAUCGGUGGCCGCACCGCAAGGGCCUCCGGUUACUGGUAAAUUGGCCAAGGAAAUACAAAUGAAACAUCGUGCUCCGAUCAUUGGAAUAGCGGUUGUUGACAGUAAUGGCGUUCCUUUGGAAUUCCAGAACGUCCCUGGACCGGCACCACAUCGAGUGUUGAUUGCAUCGGAGGAACAAUUCAAAAUUUUUUCGUUGCCGCAACUGAAACCGGUCAACAAGUACAAGCUAACCGCACACGAAGGAGCACGUGUACGGCGCAUUGCAUUCGCUACAUUCAUGUGCACGGUUCCGACUUCUUCUUUGGUGCACUCGAGUCCUCCGAAGUCCAUGCCCAAACCGGUCACAUCGCCGCAAGCAACAGAACAACCAUCCACCGACAACAACACAACAGUGGCGAACGAAUCGAACGUUGGUUCGGAUGUGACGAAUCAUUACGAAAUAAGUUUACUUUGUCUGACGAAUCUGGGCGAUUGUCUUGUACUGACUGUCCCGGAACUUCGUCGUCAGCUGAAUUCGGCUGCAGUACGCCGGGAAGAUAUCAAUGGCAUUUCAUCGCUCUGUUUCACAAGCCACGGUGAGGCAUUGUACAUGAUGUCAUCUUCAGAGGUACAGCGGAUCAGCCUUUCCGCUACGAAAGUUAUUACUCCGAAUGGUAUGAUUGAUGUGGAAGAUUGGUCAACGCCGAUCGAAAAUGCUGCCGAAGAAGGUAACGAUCAGGAACCACAAGCACAAGAAAACCCUGAAGGUGAAGCUUCAACUGAGCAGGAGGUUGAAAAUGUUUCCGGUUCCGUUGCCGCUGCGAAGAGCGAACCAUCGGUUUCACGCGAAAAAGAAAUCGGUAGCGCGACCGCACUUACAAAUGGCACUUCCAACCCGAGACUUAGCAAUGGUGUUACUAGCGGAGAUGAAGCUUCGCCGAAUAAAGCCAACGAAACGAUUACCAGCUCGAUUGGUGACAUAACGAUCGAUUCCGUGCGCGACCAUUUGAAUUCUACAACGACGACCCUUUGCUCUACCACGACUGAGGAAAUUGUCGGUCGGCUGUCCGUAUUGAGCACUCACACAAGCCAAUCUUUGUCCACGGCCAAGAACAGCGAAAUAUUGAGCUUAAAUUCAUCGAACAUAACCAACCUGAAAGGACUUGGCGAUACGACAGAGAAAACAUCCAACUCGGCAAUCAUAAAAUCAAUCAUCACCACCGUUAAGCAUGGUUCAAACGUAACAAAUGGCGAAGCGAAAGAAUCAAACAGAACGUCCACAACCACCACUACCACCACAGCGACAAGCACGUCCGUCAACGGCAACGAUACAGUUCCACCGCCGCUUCCAACGACGGCACCGCCACUUAUCACUGUGCUCAGAAAAGAAAGUCAAUUCUAAGAGCUUUCAACGCUGGUGAACGCGCUUUUCUUUACUCACACCCCAACGCGGUUGUAAGUGAAAAUGGUAUGACGAAUGGUUAAAGUUUAUAAAAACCGAACGGGACAGUAUUUUGUGUACUGAUGCAUUAGUAUUCCGAAGGGGCUGUUACAGAUGUCGGGGCGCUAAUAGUAACUUAACUCGACACACAAGUAUUAGAUAACUUUCUUAUCAUGUGUCAACUAUACCGAUGACAAGCAUUGCUUUAAGCACGAGACAUUACACAAGACGUGUGUGAGAACAAACCAGAAGACACAGAAGCCGUCACCAAUUAUGCCUUUCCACGCGCUGUUGAUAACACAAUGAACAGUGAAAUAGAAAACAUUAACAGCAAAGUAAAGGUUUCGACUAUCCCCUUAAUGCCAGGUUAUUAUAUGUUAGCGAUAGAGAAAAUCCUUUGUCAGACAUCUACGACCAGAAAAAAAAACAAUAAGGCAACGGCGUAUUUUAUUAGAUCUAUUCUUACUUCGGAGCUAAGUUUUUAAUAGAUAAAAAUAUAUUCAGCUGUUCGAACUAGUACGAAGGAGUAAACCAAUGCUCUUUCUUCAUACCGUUUGUAGAACGCAAAGAAUCGAACGAUCGUUGUAGUUUCAUUGCCGAAACUGGCCAAGUGCGGCAGUGCCACAAAAUGGGCUUCGAAAUUAAUCUGCACAACACUCCACAGUUUUAUUCACAUGUGGAAAUCAACACACCCAAUCCAUAUAGUGAUGUGUGUCCACGGGUUUCGGAUGAUGUUUAUGUUGUAAAUCCAUCGAUCAUUGCGGAAAUGAAGUAACGUGACGGCCUUAGCGAAAUGGAAGUAAAUGAUAGAUUUCUUAUCCUUAACAAUAACGAAUAUUUCUUAUUAUAUGGGUGGGUAACGUUCCAUCAUGCCAAUCUGUUGAUACCAAGUGAACGGAUUUUUACAACCGUCGUACCAACAAUGAUUCUUCCCAACGGUAGAAAUUACUGCAUUCAUAACCGUUCCGUCUUCGGUUCAAAACAAUUAAUGUUAAUGUUGCAAACGAAGUAAAACAUUCUUUGGUGUUUAAUAUAGUAUAGUAUCGACAUAGAGCAUAGAACUGUUUACGAACAUCUGUGAAGCAAACAAAAAAGAGAAGCACAGAGCAUUUUAAACCUUAUACAGUUGGUGAACUUUUAUAUUUUAAAACGAAAAUUAUAAGAACGUUUGAUUUAUAUAUUUCUUUUUUUUAUUUUUAAGCAAAACAACAAUACGUUUUCGGAAACUGAAAUUACAUGUGUCUAUUUAAUCGCA